AGUAAAUAGGAAACAUCCGGUAGCAUCACAGAGAGAGAAGAUCCGGUGAGGGAGCUAACCGACUAGCAGCGCAGCUAAAGCCUAAAACACCAGAUUCUGAGCUGGGAAGCAGCUCGUCUUCACCCCGAAGCAGCGCAGCGACGCCCUGCCGCAAAGCAGCUACGCGACGCCGCAAAUAUGCCGGAAACUGAGAGUUACUCCAACCCUUUGGCCCCUGAGGGCCACGAGCUGGACGACCACAGAGCGGCUGCUCAGUCCAAACUAACCAAUGACGACUUCAGGAAGCUGCUGAUGACGCCGAGGGCCACGCCCUCGUCUGCCCCACCCUCCAAGUCCAGACACCAUGAAAUGCCGAGGGAUUACAACGAGGACGAGGAUCCUGCAGCGAGGAGGAGGAAGAAGAAGAGUUACUAUGCUAAGCUACGUCAGCAGGAGAUGGAGCGCGAGAGAGAGCUGGCUGAGAAGUACCGCGACCGAGCGAGAGAGAGACGAGACGGAGUCAACAAAGACUACGAAGAGACCGAGCUGAUUAGCACCACCGCUAACUACAGAGCUGUAGGACCCACCGCUGAGGCAGACAAGUCGGCAGCAGAGAAGCGGCGUCAGCUGAUCCAGGAGUCUAAGUUUCUGGGAGGUGACAUGGAGCACACUCACCUGGUGAAAGGGCUCGACUUUGCUCUGCUGCAGAAGGUGAGAGCUGAAAUCACCAGUAAAGAGAAAGAAGAAGAAGAUAUGAUGGAGAAAGUGCAGAAAGAGGCAAAGAAAGACGUGGAGCCGGAAGAGAAGAUCGAGUUUAAGACUCGUCUUGGCAGGAACAUCUACCGCGUGGUGUUCAGGACGGGCGGCGUGGAGAGGAACGAGCUCUUCCUCCCGGGCAGGAUGGCCUACGUGGUGGACCUGGACGACGAGUUCACCGACACCGACAUCCCCACCACGCUGAUCCGCAGCAAGGCCGACUGCCCCAGCAUGGAGGCUCAGACGACUCUCACCACAAACGACAUUGUGAUCUCCAAGCUGACUCAGAUCCUGUCUUACCUCAGACAGGGGACCCGGCACAAGAAGGUCAAGAAGAAGGACAAAGGAAAACUGGACGAUAAAAGGGCUCCUGAAGCUGAUCUCAGUAUCUUUGAGGACAUUGGGGACUACAUCCCGUCCUCCACCUCGUCAUCCAAACCUCCUAAAGACAAGGACAGACACCGGGAGAAGGAGAGGGAGAAGGAGAAGGAGAGGGAGAGGGAGAAGGAAAGAGAGAAGGAGAAGGAGAGGGAGAGGGAGAAGGAGAAGGAGAGGGAGAGGGAGAGGGAGGAAGACAGCAAGAGCAGGAGACACAGUUACUUUGAGAAGCCUCGAGGAGACGAACACCAGGUGCUGGAGGUGGAUGAUGGUCCUGGAUCAGUUAGAGACCAGAUCAAGAUCAUCAAUGAGAAGUUUGCAGGAGCAGCAGGCAGCCAAUGGCCGGGCCAGGAGCCUGGUUCUCAGAGGAGAGACGGUAAAGAGCAACUGGGAGAUUUCUUUGGAGGAUCCAACUCGUAUGCAGAGUGUUACCCUGCUACGAUGGACGACCUGGCUGUGGACAGCGAUGAGGAGGUGGACUACAGUAAGAUGGACCAGGGCAAUAAGAAGGGGCCUCUGGGUCGCUGGGACUUUGACACUCAGGAGGAAUAUUCAGAUUAUAUGAACAACAAGGAGGCGCUGCCAAAGGCUGCCUUCCAGUACGGCAUCAAGAUGUCUGAGGGCAGAAAGACUCGCCGCUUCAAAGAGACCAAUGAGAAGGCAGAACUGGACCGCCAGUGGAAGAAGAUCAGUGCUAUCAUAGAGAAGAGGAAGAAGAUGGAGGCUGACGGGGUCGACAUCAAGAGGCCCAAAUACUGAAGACUCCUCUCUUUUGCUCGGCUACAUGAUCAAUAGUGAUCAGUUAUUGACCCAAGAUGUGAUUAUUUGUUUUAAGCGUCUGUGGUUUUAGUUUCAUUAAAACAUGUUCAAUAACUUGA